UUGUAGCUCCUUGCAAACAUGGCGGAGGUCAGACUGAAAUUUAGUAAUGGAGUCUACAGAAUUCUUCAAAAUACAUAUCAUCAGUUGCCUCUGAGGAUUGAGGGCAACCAAGCUAAAGGCGCAAUACAAGCCACAAGCUUGCUGACAGAAUAUCGGUCUGGCGAAGCUCAAGAUGACCAUGAUAAUACAGCCCGGGCCGACAACUUGACACGGUUGCGGUUUCUCGGAAGUCCCGAGGAGACUUUAAGAACGGAGAACUCAAGGUCCCUCAGCAGACUCACCAAAGGUGGAUUUAAGAUUGGAUUUUGCCACGACCUUAUAUCAAAAUGCGGUGAGGGGGUAUUACAGUUAGGUUCUGAAUGGAUGAAUAACUUGUCGGACAGUGAGGAUAUAAGAGUACUCGAUGGUGCUUCAAGGUGGUUUUCUCUCAGUUCACCUCACCUGGCCGACACACAAGUCCAUGUUAUUGCCUCUAGAGCUUCAAGCUGGAUAAGAAACGGUCUCAUGACGGCCACCAUAACUCAAACCAGGCGCGAGCAAAGAAGAUCUCUGUGUAUGGUGCGAUUUGCCAUCGGACACUCGCGCUUUAGUUUGCGACAGUCUCAUGAGCAGUUAUUUGUGAGAGCUUAUGGCAACGGCAACAUGUCUGAGCCCCUAUAUAAAAGCAGAACGGCAUAUUAUGAAAUCCUCCAGGUGUCUCCAACCGCCACGCAAGCUCAGAUCAAGACGGCUUACUACAAGCAGUCUUUCGUCUACCACCCAGAUAAGAAUGCAGGCAGUGAAGAGGCUACGAACCGCUUCUCCAACAUCAGCGAGGCUUACAACGUGUUGGGCAACAAGGGACUGAGGAAGAAAUACGACCGAGGCAUUCUGAGUCAGGUAGACGUUACUGGAGCGAGCAAACCUUCCGCGAAGGACACCAAGAGCUCCUCAUCUCAGCCAACGAGGGAGGCACGCCAGACUUCCGCCUUGGGGAUAGACAGCAAGAACAUUUUCGACUUUGACAACUUCAUCAAAUCCCACUAUAAAUCCCAGCUCAUGAGAGAGGAGGAGCUGCGAGUUAGGAAGGAAGAGAUUAUGCGGAAGAAAGAGGCCAUCAAAGAUCAGGAGAUGGGCAAGAUGAUGGAGAUGGCUGUGGGAGUGUUGGUCAUAAUGGCGGUGUCUAUUCUGGUCAACUUGAAACGGGGAGGAAAUUGAUCUUGCAAACUGACGCUGGUAUUCUUUUCAUCCACACUACAGGAUUUAUAUGGGAAGGCUGAAUGCAAUGGUAAGGGACAUGCCUUGUGCCAACUUGACACACCCUGGACUGGUUUCCAUCUGUUCCAUUCUUGCUGUAUCCAGAUGCCCUAAUGAAAGCUGUUUAACCUAAGAAUAUAUGUCAAUAAUAAUACUGUAAUAGAUGUAAUAGAUGCUGAUGAUUGAGUGAUUACUGGUGCUUUGGGUUGAGCUGUUCCACAAUCACAAGACUGCACUGUAUCACUUGUGUGUUCGCAUAUAGUUCACUAGAAAAUAUAAAUAUUUAAAUUGGAAAUUGUUGGAAGUUUGAUGUAGGAAGUGAUGCAGUGAGGAACCAAAGCAUUUUGGUUUAGGCCUAUAUUGCAGUUUUGAUUGAUUCUGCAGUGUUGAAUGAAUUGCAGAACGGUGCAAUGGUUAAUUAGGCUAACGUUCAAUAUGGUGCUAUGAUUCAUCUUGGCUUUUAAAAAGUUGUGAAAAGUGAAUUGUAUGUCAUGAGCACAGUUUUAAGUGUGGGAAGUAAGCUGAUGAUACCUGGCUGCAUAAGUUUGGACCUUGGCAUCAGAUAGCUCUUGAUCAUGAGUCUCAGUUCCAUUACAUUACACAUAAGAGUCAUUGGAUGAAGGCGUCUUCUGUAGGGGAGUUUUGUUAAGAUCCCUGCUGCUCGGUCUGAACAUUAACACGCAUCGCUUCCGAUACAGUUUUGGAAACAUAAGGACCUUAUCUUUCAUAUCAGUGAGAAAUACUUUAAAAAAAGGUUAAAUUGAUACACACCGUAAUAGGAUUAUGGUUCCCACACAGGCAUAUCUCCAUUUUACAGCACUUGUUCAAGGAAAACCGAUGGAAGCUAUCUAUUAGCUAUCUAGCAUGCUCUGAACACCUGUGCGUAAGCGUAACUUGGGAAGUGUAGUAGAAGUUUAAUUUCGUCAGAUGGAGGCACCCAUAGAUGUAUGGAUCUGUGCAAAACUGCUAUGGGUAAGUAUAUUUUUUAUCUGAAGGAUUCUUUCUCACUGAUGAAGGAUAUGUUUCGAAAGCCGUAUCGUAAGCCAUGAUUAUUGAUGUUUCUAAACGUUGAAACAGUGUCUGGAUUAUAUUUCACAUGAGGCAGUCGUGGGCGAAGCAAAUAUAAAGCAGAAUGCCAAAUAUAAAGCAGAAUGCCGCCUAGAGUUGAGUUAGGUGUCAGCCAGCUGAGCAGCAGUUGUAGCUGGGUGAAAAGGUGCUUUUGAGAAAACGUUUGGUAAUUCAGUUUAGAUGAGACUCCUGCAACGGACAAGUGCACUGAAGGGCCCUAGGUGGGCUUCUGUACUGGGCUCCUGUACAGAAAUAAUAAAAAUGGAACCUAAGAUCAGUAAGAGACAAGAUAACUUUGUGUACAGUAAAUUAGUUGAAAUGUGCCUUGACGAUAUUUGAAGUAAGAACAUGUAUGGCCAAUCUCAUGUCAUUUUCCCUGCCUCAAACACUUUUAAUGUAUUUAAGAUGAAUAAAUUAUUUUAAAAGUGUGCUUAUGGAAGCACAUGAAAAAGGAA